GUCAGCACAGCAAGCUCCACUCAAACACAAUGAGGGAGAGAGCAGAGUGACCAUACAAUCCGUUAGGGGACGCCGACAAAGAACGCCCACAUCCAAACUCGUAAACACAGGGGGCGCAAAGCCAGCACUGCCACUGUGACCGGCGGAAACCACAGCGUCAACACUGAUUGGAGCAGUAGAGAGCGCCUGGACAGAAUUCCCUGUGAGUUAAACCAGACCGGGAGCUGUGAAAUAUUGGCAAACUGCAGUCUCUGGACUAAAGAGCACUUCAGACAAGAGGAAGGACAGCCACAGGGCACAGAAAGAGAGAGAGAGAGAGAGAGAGAGAAGAGAAACAGACAGAGGUAUAGUGGGACUGUCUCUCUGCUCUCCAGAGCAGAGUAUGCCCUGUGUGCCAUGCCACGGAACGACGCUGGUGCCAUGAUCUCUCACUACCCUCUGGUGUCCCUGCUACCCUGGCCCCCCGGCCCCCACACCCCAGAACUGGAGUCCGCCCUUCUGGAGGGGGAGGGUGGGGUGGCACUGCAGAGGUACCAGCCCCGCUCCCCGGACAGCAGCCCAAGGCGCUGGAGCUCGGUGCAGGACUGGGGAGAGGAAGUGGAGGAGGGGGCGAUAUACAAUGUGACACUGAAGAGGGUUCAGAUCCAACAGGCCGCCAACAAGGGAGCGAGAUGGCUGGGGGUGGAGGGAGACCGGCUGCCGCCGGGCCACACGGUCAGCCAGCUGGAGACGUGUAAGAUCCGCAGUAUCCGCGCGGGGACCCUGGAGCGGCUGGUGGAGACGCUGCUGACCGCCUUCGGGGACAAUGACCUCACCUACACCAGCAUCUUCCUCUCCACGUACCGCGCCUUCGCCAGCACGGAGGCCGUGCUCCAGCUGCUGCUCGACAAGUACGGGAAUGUGGAGGACAGCGAGGGGGAGAACAAGCAGUGCAGUCCCUCAGACAACAGGGGAGCGGUUCGGAAUGCCCUGGCCUCCAUCCUGCGAGCCUGGCUGGAUCAGUGUCCUGAGGACUUCCAGGAGCCUCCCGCCUACCCCUGCCUGAACAGGGUCCUGGACUUCCUGCAGAGGGCGCUGCCAGGCUCUGAGCCCCUGCGCAGGGCCCAGAGCCUGCUGGAGCAGCUGCAGAGGCAGGCCAAUGUGGACCCCGAGGCUGAGGCUUGUUUCCAUGGCAACAGCCCCUUUUGCCUUGGGGAGGAAGAGGAAGUGGAGAUUGAAGUGCAGGAAGAUUUCCUGUCUUUCGAGGCUGAUCUGGUUGCUGAGCAGUUGACCUAUAUGGAUGCGAUGUUGUUCAAGAAGGUGGUCCCGCACCACUGCCUGGGCUCCAUCUGGUCUCAGCGUGACAAGAAGCAGAACAAGCACAGCGCGCCCACCAUCCGCGCCACCAUCACGCAGUUCAACGCUGUGGCGGCCUGCGUGGUCAGCACCGUGCUCCGCCGCCGGCAGAUCCGGCCGCACCUGCGGGCGCGCGUCAUCCAGCGCUGGAUCGACAUCGCCCAGGAGUGUCGCAUCCGCAAGAACUUCUCGUCGCUGCGUGCCAUCAUCUCCGCUCUCCAGUCCAACCCGCUGUACCGCCUGAAGAGGGCCUGGGCGUGCGUGAACAAGGACAGCAUGCAGAUGUUCGAGGAGCUGUCGGACAUUUUCUCAGAUCACAACAACUACCUGACCAGCCGAGAGUUACUGAUGAGGGAAGGAACCUCCAAGUUCGCCAGUCUAGAGAGCUGUGUGAAGGACCACCAGAAGCGCACACACAAAAGACUGCAGCUACAGAAAGAAAUGGGUGCCAUGCAGGGCACGAUACCGUACCUGGGUACGUUCUUAACGGACCUGACCAUGCUGGACACAGCGCUGCCAGACCUGGUGGAGGGUGGUCUGAUCAACUUUGAAAAGAGACGAAGGGAGUUUGAAGUGAUCGCACAGAUCAAGCUGCUUCAGUCUGCCUGCAACAGUUACUGCCUGAACCCUGACCCGGCCUUCCUGCGCUGGUUCCACAGCCAACCCCAACACAGCGAAGAGGAGAGCUACGCUCUGUCCUGUGAGAUCGAGGGAGUGGGAGACAGCAGUCCAACCUCCCCGAAACCUCGUAAGAGCAUGGUGAAGAGGCUGAGCCUGCUGUUCCUUGGAGCAGAGGCUGCAGCUGCUAACUCCCCAGUGAGGGACAGCCCACGUUCGCCCCCUGCUGGCAGCUCAGGGGAGAGCAUGGACUCCGUCAGCGUGUCCUCCAGUGAUUCCAGCCCCUCUGACAGCGAGGGCCUGACACCCACGCACACCCCUGACAUCACGCAAAAGAAGCUGUCGGAGUCCUCCUCCUGCUCCUCUCUGCACUCGAUGGACACGUCGUCGUCGUCGGCCAGCGUCCCCAUUACGCCCGCCUCCCCCUCGCUGCCCGGCCCCCCCUGCACGCACCGCCGCUCGGCUUCUCUGACCCCCGCCUCCCCCACCUCGCCCAGCCUCCCCCCUGCCUAUAACACUCAGGCCCAGGACGCCUGCAUCAUCCGCGUCAGCCUGGAGCAAGGCAACGGAAACCUGUACAAGAGCAUCAUGCUAACCAGUCAGGACAAAACCCCAGCGGUCAUCUCCCGUGCAAUGGCCAAGCACAACCUGGAGGGCGAGCCAUCCGAAGCCUAUGAACUGGUUCAGGUCAUCUCUGAGGAGAGAGAGCUGGUGAUCCCAGACAACGCCAACGUGUUUUACGCCAUGAACACCUCCGCCAACUUUGACUUUCUGCUUCGUCUGCGCGGCUCCGCCGGCCGGCCUGUCCAGCUGCGCAGCCGCUGCAGCUCCACGCUCCCACGCGCACAGCAGCGUGCAAGCUUGUCACUGCGGCUCAGCAAGGUCACGCUGUGACCCCCGGGGUAGGGGGGGCCGUGGAGGGACCGCAGAGACUGAGCUUUGGGGGGAGUGUGGGAGACUGGGGCAAAGAGGCCUUUGGCAGAACUGGAAAACUGUAUACCCAGAGCCUUUGCUCCCCUUCUCUCCCCUGCUUGCCCCCUCUCCAGCGGCAAACCUGUGCCUUCCCUGCCCGAACUGCGCCCUUACUGCGGAUGCGCAGUUGCUAGGGGCCUCGUUGCCAGUGGGAUAGAGGCCUGGAAUGGGUGCUGCCUGCUCUUCCUCCCACUAGGACAUUUUGCA